UAAUGAGCAGACUUUUGAGGACGGGCCCUGUUCGGGCAACGGCGCCGAAGCCGGUCUAGUCCUUGGAGCAGUCAUCCUGAAGGUGCUGAGAGAAGCUUGUUCCAGAGCCAGACCGAAGCACAAGGAGAUCUCCACAGCCACUACACUACGUGAAAGGGGAGGUGGAAGCAACACCGCGCAUCCGUGGCCCACAAGCAGGUCUUUUCCAACUGUCACUCGUACCACCAUCGAGCGCAAGAGAUGAAGUCGUCGCAAUAGGCCCAUCCUUGGCGUAAGCAGAUCUUUGGUCCGGCAAGAGACAUCACCUUCUAGCGUCGACGGGGGCACGCCAGAAGAGUUCCUGCUCGUACUAUUUGACAUCAAGAAGCAAGGAGGACACGGACGACGUUCAGCAGAGGAUAUGGCGCAGUCGUACCCGCCGACUUCGUCGGGGCAGGCAUCUGGCUCGGGAUCAGGGUCUGCUUCAGCGUCAACCUCGAGCUCCACAAUGGCGCCGUCACCGCAGGAUGUAAACUUCCUCGAGACCCUGCCUAGGACCUCGGCAGGUCCCUUCAACAAUGCGCACUUCCAGCACGAUCAUGCCGGCAACAACUAUCAAGCCUUGGUCGAUCUCAUGGCUGCCCAUGCCGGCAGUGACAACGUGGGCAACAUGCAUACCUCUCAUUUCCCAAGCGGAAGCGGACUUGAGAAUGGCGGUCACGCGACGAUGGGUCUGUCACCAUCGUACCAGCAUGCUCCAUCGCACGUUGAUGCAAAGUGGAUCUGGAACAGCACCAACACGAUCCCCAUGAACGCUGCCUCCGACUUUGCCCUGACAUUUGACCAUCACAAUGGUCAAUGGAACUCUUCCACACCCAGCAGCUCGACAGAUCUGUUACGCAUGUCACAGACGACGCCCACAUUCAUUCCCCACAGCCUCAGCUCUCACUCUUCUUCACCUCGCACGACUCACAAUGGUGGCAGAGUCGACUCGUCGGCCGACCAGUCUACUGACUCGACUUCUGUCUCAGAUGCCAGCCCCCGAAGCCAGGAUGGCGCGCUCAAGGACGUGACCAUUUCUCCAAGCGUCUUUCAUGCUCCAACGUCUUCAUCCUUCGUCCCGCUCUUUCCGGCCUCAAAGCGACCGAGCAAGACAGAGGAGGAAGAGGAGGACGAAGAGGAGGACGAAGAGGAAGAGGAUGAGGAAGAUGAGCAGGCCGGUGACAAGGGGCUCCCCAAGAAGGCAAAGGUGCAAAGGAGGCAGGGUGUGACUUGCGACCAAUGCCGGAGCAAGCAUAUUCGAUGCGUCGCCUGCCCACCGGGGGAACGAGUCGUGGGAGAGAAUGGACGGACAAAGUGCUUGCGAUGCGUAAAAAAGGGCCUUGAAUGCACGCGCAACCAUGCGCCUCCAUCGAGGAGAUACCCACGGCCGAGCAGGACGGGAAAGAGAAUCGAACAGGCUCGACUCUUGCAUGGAUCAAAGCCGGGCCAGACGGGACAGCUGCUGACACAACCCAGCGCAAGCGCCGAUAGCCGCCUGUCCCAACGCGUCAUGGCUGGAUCGGUGUCUUUGCGUCUCUUGACGUGCUUCUUCGCCACAGCGCACAUGCAAAUGCCAAUCGUCGACUUCCACAACUUCAGUGCUCGUUACAACUUCUCCUCGGGCGACUAUCGCGUCAUGUCCAUCAUGGCCAACGGCGGAGCCCAAGAGGAAGGUAUCCCUUCUGCAAGGCACUCGGCGCCCGGCCUGCAGAUGUCUGUGUGGCCAGCUACCAAGCAGAGCACACUUUCGACACCCGAAACAACCGAGACGCUUAUUGCUGUCAUGCAUGCCUGGGCGUCCCUCUACACCGAUAUGCCCGUCGCAUUCGGACAGGAUGCGGCGCUGCUCGGCUUCGGUGGUUCUGGAAGCGGCGAGGGGACAUCGUCAUCCGGAAGAACCGGCGCAGCGGGCCUUAGCAUAAAUCACUCGAACCAACUUGGUGGAGAGGCGGGACAAAUGCCGACCAUCGUGGCUGACGAGGGCGCUGCCAAGAGCGGACCAGGAGGUGGUGCUUGGAAGAGCGCCGUGCCCUCUUCGACUGUGUUGGCGACGGCAGAGAAUGGAGCGAUCAUCGGUGCCAAUGGCAAGGUUCGACGUCCUAAGCGCAAGCAAGGUGUUGCGUGCGAUACCUGCCGUCUUCGAAGGCUUAGGUGCGAUAAGCUCGAAAGGCCAGAGGGAAUGGGAUGUAGCCGAUGCGAGGACAAAAUGAUCGUCUGCACCGACGAGUACAUUCAGUCGAAGAGGAAAAAGAACAGCGACGGAUCGCCUUUACCUCAACAGUCUCCCCAGCAGCAACUGACACAGCCGCACCCAACGUAUAGUCAAGACAUGGGCAUGGCUAUCGUUGGUAGCCUCGACAGUGAUGAGGGGACAAUUGGCAGCGCUGCCUCGAUGAUCAAGGACGUGACGGGAGGGCAAGGUCCUAAUUCGUGGAAAGGCACUAGUAGGGAGCAGGAGGUGUGGAUCGACGAUGGACCAAAAGCGCCAGCAACGUAUCGCGCGGGCCGAGGUAAAGACAUGCUGGCCUGGGGACGGGCUCGACAGCCAUUCUUCUGGGAGUUGCUGAAGAAGGCACUGGCUCUCGUCGAGAAGCACAAUCUGAAAGAGAAUCCGAGCGUCGAGGCAAUCCAGGCACUCAUGAUCCUCGUCCAAAUAGUCGAUCUCGUCGAUCAAAAGCACUCCUCCUCCCUCGCCAAGGCCGCAUACAAUCAUCUCAGUGCUCUCAACCUCGAGCGAGCAGAUGAAGUCGAUGAGCAGGAUCAAGAGGCAGUCGCACUCAUGUUCGGUCACAUGCAGAGGAGCAGAGUGUGGUGUUCGACGUGGACGAGGGAUGCUAUCAUAACGGGGAUGCACCGCAAGCAGCCUUUCUUCGCCGCUGAGCGCGCCAUUGGCAUUAAAGGAGGCUCAUCGUCGGCUUCUUCUACCGCACCGGCUCAAGACCCCACCAAAGCGGACAUGUCGGUCACGCAACUGCCGAAACCGAAGCUCAAUGGCGAGAUGGGUCUUUCGUUCUCCAUCUUGGCUCUCAUGCAGGUCGGCGCUCUGUCUCGUUUUCUCGCUCGUCACAUUGACAGUAUCCCGUCCACGCAACCUGGCCUGACUCCCCGUGACCGAUUCCCCGGCACACCGACAUCGGCGCAAGUCCGCAAGCUGGAAAAGGCUUGCGCAGCGCUCUGGAGGAGCAUCGACUCGCUGUUACUGUUCUUUGAUCGAUGCGCGCUUGAAGCGAGAACAAUCAUGGAUGGCCUCCGACCCUUUCAGCCGCUCGGGUGGAUCGCAAAUAUCAAGAUUGCCUGCGCGAUGCUGGACCUGGCCACCUUCCGCAUCCUGGGCGAGCGGCACCAGGUCCUCGACUACUCGCCCUCUUCUGAUCUUGCGGCGAACGAGGCGGUGAGGCUGCUCCUGGAGAAGUCAAGGCAGCGUGCCUUGACGACCUGUCGGGGCAUCUCGAGGCUCGUCGAGUUUCUCUUGCCCAAGCGCGUCUUUCAGACUGGUGGUAUCCUGCUCAGACAGAUCUUACCUGUGGCACAAUUCCUGGCAAGGACGCCGGCCAUCAUCACCACUCCAACAUCGUCUUCCUCCUCCUUGACAUCGAAUAGCUUAUUGCUUGACCCGUCGAUGCUGCACGGCGCAGCCGUCGACCCCCGCACGCUCUUUACGCGGCAUGAUACCUCGUCGUCGUCUCUGCUCCUUACCCCUCCUUCGGCCUCGGUCGAGUCGCCCAGCAAUGCUCACACCAGUGGCAUGGAAGAGGCGGACGAAGCCGAGCGCGAAAAGGAGACAGAAAAGAAGGGCCACAUCCCUUCGCACAUUGUCGAAGCGCGUCUCGGGCCGUUUGACGUCGAUGCGAAGAAGCGCGAAGUCGGACAUUGCAUCGAGGCGCUGGCGCAGCUUGGCUAUGCUUGGCCGAGCAUGGAGAGAGAAAUUGCAAGCGUAGAGCACCUACUCCGAACCGUCCAGCCCAUCCCUCAGCACGUCGCCUCUGCCGCGGCUCAUUUCUGAUCAGAUAUUGUCUCUCCAAACCAUACAUCCUGUAUCCUUUGAUUCUCUUCACGGACUCUGCCCCUGCUCUCUCGCUCUCUGUCUCCGCUGCGGAUAAUAACAAUCGUC